AUGGGCGGAGAUGGCACUUGUCCUGGGAGUUUCUGGGCUGAUGGAUCAGUGGCAACUCCUGCUUUAGGUGUGACGGGGAGUGGACUGACAGACGGGGUUGCUUCUCCUGAGGAAUACCGCGCCUGGCAGGGAGUGAGCUCCCGGGCCUUGGAGUUGGACAGGAGGCUGGAUGACCUGCAGGAAGGCAACCUCCCCUCAGGGGAGGUCAGACAGAGCUCUGAUCUGAUGCCUUCUGACCACAGUGUACUGCAAGGAAAGAUCCUGUGUGUCACAACAAAGACCUGCUGCCACCAAAUAAAUAUUUAA